CGGCCCUUCCUUGCCUACUCACCCCACUACCCGGUUCUGGUUUGCGUGCCUCACUUACUCACUCAACUCAACUCAACUCAACUCAACCUAGCAUGUCCUUGCUGCAUGCAUCUUGUGCUGUGUUGUGUCGUGUUCCGUUCCGUCCGUCGCCAGCCGGUAUCCAUGAUGUGCAUCCGUACGUACGUAAUAUGGUGGAGUAUCUAUCUCCCUCUCUCUACCUGGUAGGGAGCAUUUCCCUGCUUUUACCAUGUAUCUAUUAUCUUCUUCUUUUUACAGCUUACUAGAAAAUAUAGAGUGUAUGUAGUAAA